CUAAGGAAAUGUCCCUCAGUGAGUACAAGUUGAGUUGCGAACUCCGAGGGCACUCUCUCGAUGUCCGUUCCGUGGCAGAAGGGAGGGAUUGCAUUAUUUCCGGCUCGAGAGAUACAAAGGUGAAAAUAUGGAGCAAGGCUGGGAAUACAUACACGGAGAAGGCUACAAUGCAAAAUCAUUCAAAUUACGUGGCGGUUGUGUUCUAUUUGGAGGAAGAAGGAUGGAUUUGUUCCGGGAGCAAUGAUUCAACAAUUUGCAUUUACACCGAAGGAUCCCUCGUGCCUAUUCUCACGCUCAAAGAUCACACAGCGACAGUGAGCUGCCUGUGCAAGGGAUUGGAACGCCGGAGUAUUGUGUCCGGGAGUUGGGAUAAAACAGGAAGGAUUUGGCGUAUUUCUGAUGCAAAUGAGGUGUCGUCUGUCGUUCUCCGGGGACACGAUGCUGCCGUCUGGGCUGUUGAGUCAGUUUCCUGUGGGCAGAGAUACGUGACGGGGUCAGCUGAUAAGAAUAUCUUUGUGUGGAAUGCGGCAGGAGUGAAGAUUUUUGUCCUGAAGGGGCAUACAGAUUGCGUCCGUGGAUUAAUUGGGCUAGGCAAUGGGGGGCUACUGAGUUGCGGCAAUGACGCCGUGAUUAAGGUGUGGAAUGACGAGGGGGAGUGCGUGAAUGAUCUGUUUGGGCACAGCAACUACAUUUACUCCAUGGCGCUCAAUAAGAGUAUCGGGGAGGAUGUGCUCGUAAGUGGGGGUGAGGAUAGCACAAUCAGGAUGUGGAGUGCCUCUGAGGGUGCCCUUGGAGAGGAAUUGCGCCUCCCAGUGCAAUCUGUGUGGGGUGUGGCGUGCCUGCGGAAUGGAGACAUCGUGGCAGGAGGGAGUGACGGGACUGUGAGAAUCUUCACAAAGGAUCCCGCACGAAUGGCACCCCCGGAUGCUCUGGCAGCGUACCAGACAGCUGUGGAGGUGUGGCAGAGGGAGCACAGUGCUGAACUCGGAGGGAUCAAGGUGAAUGAUCUCCCUGGGCCGGAAUCUCUCCUCGUGGAGGGUACUGAAGGGCAGACACGUAUUGUCCGGCAGCCAAAUGGGAAGAUUGAGUGCUUCCAGUGGACAGCUGGGAAUUGGCAGCUCGUGGGUGACGUUACGGGUGCUUCCGGAGGGACAAACGCAAGUUCCGGAAAGACCCUCUAUCAGGGGAAGGAGUACGAUUUUGUGUUCAAUGUGGACGUUGAGGAUGGAGCACCACCCAUAAAGCUACCCUACAACCGUGGUCAGGAUCCCUGGUAUGCUGCCCAGGAGUUUAUCCACAAGAAUAACCUGCCGCAGGUUUAUCUCGAUCAAGUGGCUAAUUUUGUGAUUAAGAAUUCCGGAAAUGCUCCAGUUGCGCCCGCAAAUUCUUCAUACCGAGAUCCCUUCACGGGAGGAUCACGAUAUGUUCCUGGAACUGGUACCGCUGUGUCCGGAAGCAACUUCAUGGAUCCCUUCACGGGGGCAUCCAGCUACAGAACACAGCAAACUGUUGAAAGCAAUUCCGGGGAGCAUUUCCCCAUCUCCACGUACAUCACAAUGGCCACAGCAGAUCCCGAGAAGAUUCUCAACAAACUCAAGAGCUUCAACUCAGACAACGCCCCGGAUGAGACAAAGGUCAAUGAUAGUGUUCUCAGUGAUGCAAUAGCACUGGCCAGGUGUGACGGAGGAGUAGCACCAGAGGGUCAAAUAGGGAGCUUGAAAUGCCUCCUAAAGUGGCCCCGUGGGAUUCUCUUCCCCGUCCUGGACAUUGCUCGCUUAGCUGUUCGCAGUGAGGCCAUCUGCAGAGCCCUAAUUGAUGCAGAAGUCUUCCGGACCAUUGUGGAUUGCAUCAGUGAUUCAGCUGCCAAUCAAUUGAUGGCUCUGCGUUGCCUGGCCAAUAUGCUGAUUCACCAAUUUGGUCGAGAUGUGGUCCGGAAGCGCCUCGGGGAGGUUCUUGGGCGUGUCAGUGAGAUCCGGAAGGGUAGUGUGAAUGCCCAAUUGGCCAUUGCAACGUUCCUCCUCAAUGCCACCGUUGCCCAGAUGACCCUAGCCGAUGGGGAUGAGUGCAAAAUCCUCGGAGAAUGUAUCCUGGAGACGACAUUGUGGCUCGACGAUCCCGAAGCAGUGUACAGGUGCUUCCAGGCACUGGGAAAUCUCACCUGCACCCCAAGUGGCCAAGAAAUCAUCGCUCUCACCAUCUCCAGUGACUCAGUAAUUGAUAAAUUGAAAAGCUUCUCCUCCGGAAUCAUCCCCAGUGGCUUUGAGAAGCUAGCAAAGUGCUCCAAGGAUCUCUGUGUGGGCAUUGGUGUUUGAAAAAACUCUUCUCCGUCAUUUUUGCACAUUAAAAUAAGAUUUAAUACA